GGAUCGGGCUGGUCCUGGAGGAGCUGCGCCGCGCCGGCUUCCUCAACAGCACCCUGGUGAUCUACACGUCCGACAACGGCAUCCCCUUCCCCGGGGGCAGGACCAACCUCUACCGCUCGGGCACCGCCCAGCCGCUGCUCCUCUCCUCCCCCGAGCACCCCCAGCGCUGGGGGCACGUCAGCCUGGCCUUCGCCAGCCUCCUGGACCUGACGCCGACCAUUCUGGACUGGUUCUCCAUCCCCUACCCUGCUUACAGCAUCUUUGGCACCAGGCAGGUGCAGCUCACUGGAAAGUCUCUCCUGCCAGCCCUGGAGUCAGAGCAGCCCUGGGCCACCGCCUUCAGCAGCCAGAGUCACCACGAGGUGACCAUGUACUACCCCAUGCGAGCCAUCCAGCACCGCCAGUUCCGCCUCAUCCACAACCUCAACUACAAGAUGCCCUUCCCCAUCGACCAGGACUUCUACGUCUCGCCCACCUUCCAGGACCUGCUGAGGCGCACCAGGGCGGGGCAGCCGACGCACUGGAACAGGAGCCUGCAGCAGUACUACUACCGAGCCCGCUGGGAGCUCUUCGACUGCAGCCGCGACCCCGCCGAGAGCCAGAACCUGGCCCCCGACCCGCGCUAUGCCAGCGUCCUGCAGCUGCUGCGUGCCCAGCUCCUCAGGUGGCAGUGGGACACGGGGGACCCCUGGGUGUGCGCCCCCGACGCUGUCCUGGAGGAGAAACUGAGCCCCCAGUGCCAGCCACUGCACAAUGAGCUGUGAGUGUCACCUGUGAGUGCCACCUGUGCCCUGACAGUGCUGUGCUCCUGUGGGGCUCAGACCCCACCUGUGCCCCAGCUGUGCUGUGCUGCUGUGGGGCUCAGACCCCACCUGUGCCCCAGCUGUGCUGUGCUCCUGUGGGGCAUGAGGGCUGGUCCCAAAUCCCGGGGACACCAUGAGGCUCUGCCCCCUGUGCCAACACCGCCUGACCCCAGAGCACUGAGGGAUUCCUAGUGCCUUGGCUCUCAGCCAGAGGAGCUGAAGGGCCAAGCUGGCCCUCAAUAAAGCCUCUGGAGGGUAA